ACGGACUACUAUUUUGAGUACACGGAAUGUGACAGCACGGGGUCCCGGUGGCGAGUAGCCAUCCCGCGCUCCCAGGGCGCUUGCACUGGCCUGCCGGACCCUGUCAGCGGCACCGACUGCUCUUUCUCCUGCAAUGCUGGUGAGUUCCUGGAGAUGUCGGGCCAGCAGUGCACACAGUGUGCUGCAGGCACCUACUCUCUGGGCAGUGGGAUCCGCUUUGAUGAGUGGGAUGAGAUCCCAGCUGGAUUCACCAGCCUGGCCACUGCUGGAGAAGAGGCGCUCAGCUGCAACAGCUCCACCUGGGUACCACAGGGGACCCACCUGCAGUCCAACCAGGAUGAGUGCACUGUGUCCCUCAUCUAUGCAGUCCAUCUCAAGAAACAGGGCUCUGUCUCCUUUGAGUACCAAUAUGUGGACAGCAACAUCUUCUUUGAGUUCUUCAUUCAGAAUGAUCAGUGUCAGGAAAUGGACCAAACAUCUGACCAAAAGUGGAUCAAGCUGACCAACAGUGGAGAGUGGGGGAAUCACACUGUGGACUUGAAGUCUGGUCCGAAUAUCCUCUACUGGAGGACAACUGGAGUUUUACUGGGUGCUAAAAUCAUUAAACCAGUACUGCUGAAAAAUAUUCAGAUCAAAGGUGUGGCCUACACAUCAGAGUGCUUCCAGUGCAGGCCGGGGACCUUCAGUAAAACUCCAGGGUCUCCUUCCUGUGAACUGUGUGCCAGGGAUACCUACUCUGGCAAGGGGGCCAGCUCCUGUACCCACUGCAACAAGGAGACACAGUUCUCAUCCGAAGGAGCUACGGAGUGUAAGGAGAAACCAGCCUGUUCAGAGAAGGACUAUUUUCAGAUCCACACGCCCUGCGACAGUGAGGGGAAGACGCAGAUCAUCUACAAGUGGAUCGUGCCGAAGAUCUGCGUGGAGGACGUGCCGGGUGCGGUGGUGCUACCCCCUUCAGGGGAGAGGCAGUCAUGCCCACCGUGUAACCCUGGCUUCUACAACAAUGACACAGCCAGCUGCUCCCCCUGCCCCACUGGCACCUACUCCAACGGCAUGAACGCGUGUCAGAAGUGUCCAGCGGGCACAGAACCAACCCUGGGCUAUGAGUUCAAGUGGUGGAACACACUGCCCUCCAACGUGAAGACGUCCUGCUUCAAUGUGGGCAACUCCAAGUGCGACGGCAUGAAUGGAUGGGAGGUGGCAGGUGAUCACAUCCGCAGCGGAGCCGGGGGCUCUGACAACGACUACCUCAUCCUGAACCUCCGCAUACCAGGCUUCAAACUCCCCACAUCAAUGGAAGGGACCACAGGCCGGGAGUUUGGCCACAUCACCUUUGUGUUUGAGACGGUCUGCACUGCCGACUGUGAGCUCCACUUCAUGGUGGAUAUGAACCGGAAGAGCACCACUGUGGUGGAGUCUUGGGAGGGCAGCAAGGAAAAGCAGUCCUACACCCACAUCAUGACCAAAAAUGCCUCUGUGUCCUACACCUGGGCUUUCCAGAGGACCAACCGGGCUCAAGACGUCAGGCAGCACGUCAACGACAUUGCGAAGAUCUACUCCAUCACGGUUACCAACGCCCAGAAUGGAGUGGCCUCCUCUUGCCACCCCUGUGCCCUGGUGUCCCAGGCCUCGGGGUCCUCCUGUGUCCCCUGCCCAGCUGGACACUACAUUGAGAAAGACACCAACCAGUGCAGGGAGUGUCCUGUAGACACUUAUCUCUCCAGACACCAAAUCUAUGGCACGGAGGCCUGCUUGCCCUGUGGGCCAGGCAGCCGGAGCAACAAGGAGCACUCUCUCUGCUUCAGCGACUGCACAUUCGCACACGCGACGCACAACCGGACCCUGACAUACGACUUCGGCCAGCUGGGCCCAGGGGGCUCCAUCAUGAAUGGGCCCAGCUUCACAUCCAAAGGGACUAAGUACUUCCACUUCUUCAACAUCAGCCUGUGCGGACCUGAGGGUGAGAGGGCGGCCAUUUGCAAUGACAACGUGACAGACCUGUCCAGCAAGAACCUGCUGAGAGAGUCCGGCGAGUUUGUGAACAAUGUGGAGACCUUCAUCUGUAUGUCAACUAUCAUUCCCCCUGAUGGGCGAGGCUUCAGGACAGCUGUCUCCUCCCAGUCCAUCAGCUUGGCAGACAUCUUCCUGGGUGCAACCGUGGAAAAUACACUCAGUGGUAUCAGUGUGAGCCCAGAUCUAUUCGGCGAAACAUCAAAGGGACUGCCUGAUGUAAACUUUUUCUACCGAUCACCUCAGGCGACAUCAUCGUGGGAAAAUGGUCGGAGUGCAGUCAUCAAAUUGCGGUGUAACCCAGAAAAACCCGCAAGGGAAGAGCUGACCGUGCCCAGUAAAUGUCCAGCAGGGACCUGCGAUGGGGGCACCUUCUACUUCCUGUGGGAGAGUGCCAGCGCUUGCCCACAGUGCACUGAGGCAGACUACCACGGAAUCGAGGGCGUCUGCAAAGGCGGGGUUCAGGACACCCAUUAUGUGUGGAAUGAGCCAAGGCUGUGCACCAGAGGAGUCUCUCUACCAAGGAAGAGGUCCUCUCCCUGCGAGGCCAUAGACCUCUGGCUCAAGCUGGGAUUAGGAACAGGGGCUUUCACUGCCGUGCUGCUCAUAUCCGUCUCCUGUUACUUCUGGAAGAAGAAUAAGAAGCUGGAGUUUAAGUACUCCCGGUUGGUGAUGUCGGCCAAUAAGGAGUGCGAGCUCCCGGCGGCUGACAGCUGUGCCAUCAUGGAGGGAGAGGAUAACGAAGAAGACGUGGUAUACUCCAACAAACCCUCGCUCCUAGGAAAACUCAGGUCCAUUGCUGCAAAGGGUAACGGAGAAAGCUGUGAGUCUGUACAGCUGAAGCCCAAGCCAGAGCGGUGGGUGUGGGGGUAAAGGCCUGGGAGACAUUUUAGGACUGAAAAACCCACCCUUAACACGCCUUGGAAAUGACCCACCAAUCUGGAACUCAGCCUGUGAAGGUGUUCAUUGCUACUGGCCUCAGUAAAGUUUUCAUUGGACAUGUGGGAAGUCUCUUAGCUCCACCAGCAUUCAGAAAUAGGAGACUGACGGCACCAAGUUACUUAGUAGUAACUCAUGCUAAGGAGAUUCGCUCACAAAAAAUAGACUUUACCAGCAGACGAUCUGAGAGCCUCUUGCUGGCUGUUUCCUGAUCCUGAUCGUGUCUCGAUGGACGCAGGUAUAAUUUUUUUGGCAAUGGAUUCUUCCAUCAUACAUUUGAAGCAUUCCCACUUGUGAGGUCUGAAGAGGCUGAACGGCUGAGAUUCCCCUGUCCUGCAGCGAGUUGCGAUGGCUCGGUUGUAUCCCCUUUGGCCGACCGCAACAAAUUUAACAGAGCGGUUAGGACAGAAGAUGGAGAAGCAUUCUUCACAAGGUCACCGUGGUGAUAUCGUGUUCCAGUGCCCAGGGAUGGCAUCUGAAGCAGUCAGCUGGAAUGCUGUGCUGAGGACAGAUUCCUGUUUGUUAUUUAAUGUUGGUGUGUGUUUGUAUUUUGUUUAGUUGUUUGUUCUGUAUUCUGUCACAUCAAAUUGUUGUCACGGAAUGUUUAUGGCAUUGCACACUGCUAGGUAAUGCCCCUAUCCAAUUGUCUGUUGUGUGUCUCAGUACUGCCCAUAGGCCUGGUCCCUUUAGCCUGUUGAGGCUAUAUUCUGUAUCUGACUGAACAACUACCCCAGCAUUUCAGCUCACACAUGCCUUCAAUCUUUACAUUUCCAUCAUAUAAUUGAAUUGAAACUGACUACCAUAUAAAAUAUCAAUAUUGUGAGUCCUAUGUCUGCUGCUUCUAUUUGUAUUUCUUUCCAGGAUUGUACAAAAUCUGGAAUAAUGCAUCUCGUAUUUAAGGGAGAGCAGGCCUGUCCUGAGCAAAUCGCACAUUGUUGGAAAUUGUGUUGUUUGUAAUCACGCUGUGAAACAUCCUAAAUUAUGCAGACAGUGUUACUGCGAAGGCAAUGUGCAUUCGCUCCACAACACAACAGGAUAAAUGGAACUGAUAUCCUGUGGGAGCUGUUCUGGCUAUUUUGUAAUCAUCCUGUUCACCAUUUUUUAUCAUCUCCAAAUACUCAAUUAGGUAUGCGCCUUCUCCAACCCAAACAUUCUGUUUUCCCGGUUUGCUAAAAGCACUGCGUUUUGGAGGGUGAGCAGAGGUGAGGCUGCUGUCAUGGUUUCCCAUCAUUAAAGUGGGGGGGGGCGCAUUAUGAUCGCACUUGGAGCAAAGACACCGAGAUGUGCACGGCCAACCAAAAAAUUCUGUCCCCGAGGGAGAAAAAGCUCUCAAUUGAGCCCUUCCCUGUACCUGCCCUCUAUGCACAUAAACAACUGAUAAAAGGGACAUUUUUCAAAAAAGCUUUAUCACAUUAUAGACUUUCACAGCAUUCUUGUGGGAGAGACUUUGAAAGAAAAUCCCUCAGAAACUCUGUUUUGUCUCUCGCCUGUCUGUAAUCCCGUGAAAUGAAGACUGGAUGUCACUAGAAAGGACAUGCUGAGGAAUGUAAAAUGUCAUUGAUAAACAGCCACUGCCUAAAUCAUCACAAAUUAACUUUGAUGAUUUCCUCUGGGCCUGAAAAAAACCACAACCAAUUGUGUACUCUGCUCUUUUAAAGUUAGAAGUGUGUGUAAAGGCAUGACAGAGCUUUUUAGCCAACUUAAGCAAUGGAGUUUUUUCACGCUUCUCAGGAUUCUGGCACUUUCUUUUUAGGUCACUUCCAAAGGCAUAAGCAAGGUUUGGAACAAGCAGCCGUGCUAUAGCGGUUAUGUGGGUUAGACCGGAGGACAGUCACGCAGAUUGCACAGCUCCCUGACUGUAUCCCUUAAGUCAUGCAAACAUGCCACUCACUGGGGGAAGGCAUCUCCUCAUGUCCCUUUCCCAGGAACAUUUUUCAAGGGUAGUCUGGUGUAUUUGUUCUGCAGGAUUCAAGCUUUAAAUACUCAUGUGGAGAUCUUCAGUUUGUCUCCACAAUGCAGUCAUGAAACCAGCAAGGCAAGAAAUGAAGGAGAUGCAAACAGUGAUUGAUUAGUGUUUAUUGUCAUGUGCUCAUGUCCUCGUUAUUGCGCUUGUCAUCGGCACUGAACUAUUGCUUUUUGCUUAGCCAGACACUGCCUGAGUUCAGAUUGGCCCAAGACAACACAGAUUUUUUCUGCAUUGGGACAACUGGGAAAUUGGACUUGCCAUUAAACCAGGCAGUAUGUAUUCCAUCUCACAACCUUGCACUUUGGGGGAGACCACUUGUGUGCAAACAUAUUUUUGAGACUUGUCUGCAUGGGUUGUGCCUGACUUGGACCUGCAUUUAUAUGCAGGUAGAGCUUGCGAGCCAUAGCCCCUGCCCUGUUCUGCAACGUCCUCAGUGGAGGCAAGAAUAGAAAUGUCGGCAAACUGUCUGAGGGCACCAGCCGAGCUCCAAGCCCUCUCUCAAAGGAUUUUGGGAGAGAUGUUGUCUGUGGUUGUCCACACAAGCCAUAGUGCCACGCUGUGUGUCUCCCAGAGAAGGACUGGGGAGUGAACAGAUGCACUGCAUGCUACAAAUAUAUAAUCCCACAUGUUUUAGAGAAACUGCUCGACCUGGGGCAUGUGGCUAUUUUACAAAUCCACAGCACAGCUUCGUCUUGCAAUACCAACAUGCACAUUUCUUUUGUAUUUUAUUUUUUUAACCACAGGGAUCUGAGGCAUUUCAUUUUCAAUAGCAGACUCUCAAAUGUAUCUGGGUGUGUUCAGAAGCCAUGCUACCACAGAGAUCCGUGGAUAACUUCAAUGUGCAGAACAUUGGAUUUUAGAAAAUGUUUUACCUUUGAAUGCAAAUGCAAUGUUUUUUUUUUUUUUUUUUUUUUUUUACUGUAAUAGAACACAACAAAGCAGUGAGGAGCAGAUGUGGUACUUCUGACAUUUCAGCCUCCAUGUUAAGUCUGUUUCUUUCAUUUUUCAACAGAUUUGUCUGUUUAAUUACUCUAAUACAUUGGAAGACAAGUUCAAUGAGGAUGCCAUUCUCAUAAUGAAAGCUCUGAUGUACAACAUUUUAAAUAUUUUGUAUUGUGGUGUACAUCAUGCUGAGUUGUACAAGUCAAGUUUAAACAAUAUCUAUUAUUUACUGUUAUGAUAAUUUAUUAAAUAUGAAUGGCUUAA